AUUGACUCCGCCAGUCACUUCUAGUCGUGAAUUAAAAGAUCAUUGUAAGUUUUUGAAUUCGUUGUUAAUCUCCAAAGGUUUAUCGAAGCAGAACCUGGGUAGUGAAUUGUUGCAAAGAGAAUAUCCCAAAUUAAAAAAAUGAAAUAUAUUCUUGUAUCCGGUGGUGUGAUUAGUGGGAUUGGGAAAGGAGUGAUAUCAAGUAGUAUUGGCACCAUACUGAAAUCUUAUGGACACCGCGUUACAGCAAUUAAAAUUGAUCCUUAUCUGAACAUUGAUGCUGGUACAUUUUCCCCCUAUGAGCAUGGUGAAGUGUUUGUCCUUGAUGAUGGAGGGGAGGUUGAUUUAGAUCUCGGCAACUACGAACGAUUCCUUAACGUCAAGUUACAUAAAGAUAAUAACAUUACAACAGGAAAAAUAUAUCAACAUGUUAUUAGCAAGGAAAGACGAGGAGAUUAUCUUGGCAAAACUGUGCAAGUUGUUCCCCAUGUGACCGAUGCAAUAAUGGAAUGGGUGGAACGAGUUGCAAAAAUCCCAGUUAAUGGAGAUUCUGCUGAACCUGAAGUCUGUAUCAUUGAGCUUGGUGGAACCAUCGGUGAUAUCGAAGGAAUGCCGUUUGUUGAAGCUUUUCGUCAGUUUCAAUUUCGUGUAAAACCAGAAAAUUUCUGCAACAUUCAUGUCAGCCUUUUACCUCAGCCAAGCACGACUGGUGAACAGAAGACAAAACCGACUCAACACAGUGUACGAGCUUUGCGUGGACUUGGAUUGUCUCCUGAUCUCAUCUGUUGUCGCAGUCAAAGUCCUAUUGAAAUGUCGGUGAAAGAAAAAAUUUCAAAUUUUUGCCACGUGGCGCCAGAACAGGUUAUUACCGUACAUGAUGUGUCAUCACUUUACCACGUGCCGAUGCUGCUUGAAAAGCAAAACUUAUCCGCUUACUUUAACAAACGACUUGGUUUGACAAAGCGGCCCAAAAAGUCUAUGCUCUCCCAGUGGCAAAAUCUAGCUGAAAAGUAUGAUAGAAUACAGAGCAGUUGCAAUAUAGCUUUAGUUGGUAAAUACACAAGAUUAGAAGAUUCCUAUGCAUCUGUAAUUAAAGCUUUACGCCAUGCAGCACUGGCUAUUAACAGGAAACUCGUGUUAACUAUAAUUGAUUCAACAGAGUUGGAGGAAGAAACAUUGAAAGAGAAACCUGUGGUUUAUCAUGAUGCGUGGAAACAGCUUUGUUUAGCUGAUGGAGUGUUGGUGCCCGGUGGUUUUGGACCUCGUGGAGUUGAAGGAAAGGUAGCUGCGGUGAAAUGGGCUCGACUUAAUAAGAAACCUUACCUUGGUGUUUGUCUUGGUCUACAAGUUGCUGCGAUUGAGUUUGCGCGUACUGUGCUCAAUAUGGAAGAUGCAAACUCAUCGGAACUUAACCCAAACACAAGUCACCCAGUUGUUAUUGACAUGCCUGAACAUAAUAAAGGAGAUAUGGGAGGGACCAUGAGGUUGGGGCAGAGGAGAACCGUGUUUCAAACUGAGGAUUCCAUCUUAAGGAAGUUGUAUAACCAACCGCAUAAUUUUGUUGAUGAGCGUCAUCGACAUCGUUAUGAGAUAAACCCAACUUAUAUUCAUCUUUAUGAGGAGAAGGGAUUUAUGUUUGUUGGCCAUGAUGUAGAAGGUCUUCGAAUGGAAAUCAUGGAGUUGAAAGAUCACCCAUAUUUUGUUGGCGUUCAAUUUCACCCGGAAUUUUUGUCACGGCCGAUCCAACCUUCCCCACCAUAUUUAGGUUUACUUCUUGCUUCUUGCAACAAAUUGGAGUCGUAUAUUCAGCGUGGCAACCGUUUAUCACCGAGAGAAAGAAUUUAUAUUACUGAUGAAGAAUCUUCAGAAAAUGAGUUGGAAGUCUUCAGUCAGUUGACAGGAGACUCAAAUUCUCUUUCAUCAAUUGAAUCAAAAUAAAUAUCUUUUUAUUUUAAAUUUACCUCCUGAGAUAUACCUUUGUGGGUUUGUUGAAUUCUGAAUAGUUUUUUUUUAUCUUCAUGGGUAACAUUGUACAUGUGCACAUAUGUAAUAACUUGCUGCAAACAUACAUAACUGCCAGAUUCGUAACUAACUGCAGUGUUGUAGGUUUGUUGAAUUUGGAAUUGUUUUUUUUUAUCGUCAUGGGUAACAUUGUAAAUGUGCACAUACAUUAUAACAUGUUGUGAACAUACAUAACUGCCAAAUUCGUAA